AUGUCCGUAGGGAUCCCCAUCAAGCUGCUGCACGAGGCGUCCCCGCACGUGGUCACGGUCGAGCUUCACGUGGGCGACGUGUACCGCGGCACCCUGUCGUCCGUGGAGGACAACAUGAACGUGCAGCUGCGCCGCGUCACGCUCACCGCGCGCGACGGGAAGGUGUCCAACCUCGAGAACGUCUUCAUCCGCGGCUCCAAGAUCCGCUACUUCAUCCUCCCGGACAUCCUCGCCAGCGCCCCCAUGUUCAAGAGGGCCCGCGGCCUCGGACGCGGCAGGGGCAUGCCGGGAGCCGCGAGAGGCAGGGGAGCACCGCCCGCCGCAAGGGGCAGGCCCGCUAGACCCCCCGCGCCUAGAGGCGGCCGCUGA